GUCACAAUGGUCCCACUUCUGUUUUUGGUGGCAACCACAACAUCAUCUAAUUCCACUGGCAAUGGCAACCAUACACAAGAAGACUUUACGUCCCCCAGCCAACAUGUCCUCCCCACCGUGCUGGUCCUGUCUCUGCUGCUGCUCAUCAUCGCGCUGCUGGCCUGGUACUUCCUCAGGGCGAAGAACCAGAGAAAAGCAGUCGUCACAACAGUUGACAAGAAGAUACCAAAUGGCAUCCUGGAGGAACAAGAGUUUGGAUACAGUUCUGAGUCGUUAUACACCACUGUGCCACCAGAGCAACAGACGGUGGUCCUUCUGCCCAGAUCCCCCUCAGCCUCUAAGACCUACUUCCCCAUCCCCGUGGAGCACCUGGAGGACGAGAACAGGGUCCGCUCCGCCGACGAUGGGAAGCUCUUCAGGGAGGAGUACAAUUCCUUGCCUGGGGGGAAUGCCCAAGGGACGUAUGAGGAGGCAAACAAGGACGAAAACAAGGAGAAGAACAGAUACCCCAACAUCCUUCCUUAUGAUCAUUCCAGAGUGGUGUUGACUCAGCUAGAUGGAAAUCCCUGUUCGGACUAUGUCAACGCUUCUUACAUUGAUGGUUACACGGAAAAGAAAAAAUUCAUUGCAGCACAAGGUCCAAAAGAAGACACGGUAGCAGAUUUCUGGAGGAUGAUAUGGGAGCAGAAAGUAGCGACUGUUGUUAUGCUGACAAAUCUUAAAGAAAGGAAAGAGGACAAGUGUUACCAGUACUGGCCAGAUCAGGGCUGUUGGACCUAUGGGAGUGUGAGGGUGGCAGUGGAAGACUUCACUGUUCUUGUGGACUACACCAUCCGCAAGUUCUGUAUUCAAUAUCAGGCCAGCGAUGCUGCUAAGACUCCCAGGCUCGUCACCCAGCUCCACUUCACCAGCUGGCCCGACUUUGGAGUUCCUUUCUCCCCCAUCGGCAUGCUGAAGUUCCUCAAAAAGGUCAAGGUGGUCAAUCCACCCUUCUCUGGGCCUAUUGUGGUCCACUGCAGCGCUGGUGUUGGGAGGACAGGAACCUUCAUCGUAAUAGACGCCAUGAUCGACAUGAUGCACGCAGGGCAGAAAGUUGAUGCGUUUGGGUUUGUUGCUAAGAUACGAGAGCAGCGAUCACAGCUUGUUCAGACAGAUAUGCAGUACUCCUUCAUCUACCAGGCCCUGCUUGAAUACUACCUCUACGGAGACACGGAGCUGGACGUGUCAUCUCUGGAAGGACACCUGCACAAACUGCACGACACAUUCACAACCGGUGACCGGGUCGGCCUAGAGGAAGAGUUUAAGAAACUGACCAACAUGAGAAUAAUGAAGGAGAACAUGAGAACAGGGAACCUCCCUGCCAACAUGAAGAAGAACAGAGUUCUGCAAAUUAUUCCAUAUGACUUCAACAGAGUCAUUCUCUCCAUGAGAAGAGGUCAGGAGUUCACAGAUUACGUCAACGCGUCUUUUAUAGAUGGCUACAGACAGAAGGACUACUUCAUCGCCACCCAGGGCCCUCUGACACACACAGUGGAGGAUUUCUGGAGAAUGGUGUGGGAAUGGAAAUGUCACUCCAUUGUAAUGCUGACGGAGCUCCAGGAGAGGGAGCAGGACAAAUGUUGCCAUUACUGGCCAGCAGAGGACUCUAUCACCUACGGAAAUUACAAAGUAGAGUUGAAGGGAGACACUUUGUGUGACACCUUCAGUCUACGAGACUUGGUACUCACCUUUGUGCCGGAGAAGCAGACCAGGGUGAUCAGGCACUUCCAUUUCCACGGCUGGCCAGAGGUCGGCAUCCCGGCCGAGGGGAAAGGCAUGAUCGACAUCAUCGCCUCGGUGCAGAGACAGCAGCAGCAAUCUGGCAACCAUCCCAUCGUCGUACACUGCAGUGCUGGUGCAGGGCGAACAGGUACGUUCAUUGCACUGAGCAAUAUCCUGGAGCGAGUCAAAGCAGAGGGCCUGCUGGACGUGUUCCAAACUGUGAAGAGUUUACGCAUGCAGAGGCCUCAUAUGGUCCAAACCGUGGAACAAUAUGACUUCUGCUACAGGGUGGUACAAGACUUUGUCGACAUUUUCUCAGACUAUGCCAAUUUUAAAUGACGAGAUUUGCCUUAAACAUGGUUUUUAAUGUUGUUUUCUAAAGCUGGUUUGUCAGUUUUAUGGGUUUCUUUAACUCAGUCAAAUGAUCUAUUUUGCUAUGCACUUGUCCUUCCAUUAACUCCAUCCUCGCUGUAAUAUAAUGUAUGUCAGUUGGCGAAAAAUUGUAAAUGAAAAAAGUUAGAUUAUUAAUGUAUAUUUCACAUCAUGUAUGAUAAUUAAUUUGUCAUGAAGUGUUGGUCUCUUAUUUCAGUUAUGUUGUAUAAUACUGUACUUCAAAUGUUUAUCUAAGUGUUACUUUGACCAUGUAAUAUUUUUAAAAGUUGUACUUAUUGUAAAUGUAUUUAUGUAUUGACGAUGACAUUCCAUUCUUGAGUUUGGAGAACAUGACGGGAAUGUUAAGAUAUUUUUUUGUUUUUAUGUAAACAUACCGUACAUAAUUUCAUUUAUUGAUGACUUCUAUCUGAGAUUGGAGGCGAUACUGAAACUAUGUGCCCAUCACGAAUGCUCUUUCCAAUGGAAAUAUUUUCAGAAAAAGAAUGAAUCACCACAGCCAUAUUGCAUAAAACAUGAAUUUAUGCAACAGAGGUGGAGGUGACAAUACUGGAGUUGAAUUCCUACGGAUAGAUUCAGGAAGAAGUUUCUCUCACAUUCAUACAAUAACAUUUAACUGGUUUUGUACCUCAAAAUAGUGGUAUGCAACUGCAUUUAACAUGGAUGUAACAGUCUGCCUUUUCUCUGUAGACAGCAAAAACAGUUUUGCUAAAUUGACUGCACAUUCAAAAGCACAUAACUAAGCCUUUUGCCAAGAACCUGCAAUUUCCAAGAGUUUGUUUAUUGCUUUAUAUAAUAGGUUUUUCACAAAUCAGUGCCAUAUGUACUUUUUGUAAGACAUGGAAAAGUAGAACAACUAUAGAGUGAAGGCUGAGCAAUGAAAGGUGAUCUUAGGGAAAGGUAAGUGUGGGCUAUAAAUGCAGUAGAGUUGGAACGAUGUAUUGACAACCUGUUUCAGAUGCACUGUAAACGCAUAGUCAAGUAUAUAAAGUGCUACAUUAGAUAAGACAUUUUAUGGUAAAACCACACGUGGUGCUUCAGUGCCUGCUUUAUGCCAGAGAAAAAAAAGUACUAUCAUUGUUCAGUCAGUUUUUGGAACACCUUGUUUUUUCGCAUUGGGUUAAAAUGAGGAAGCAGAGUUUUUCAUAGAAAACAUCUAGUGGUUGUUUUAUUUAUAGGGAAGCAUCUGAAUAUGACACUGCUCCCGAUUCAUCUGGUACUCAAACAUUAACACAACAUUUGGAAUAAUUUCACCCAGCUCUGCUCGAAUCCUUAAAAAACUGUGGAGCCUUGUUAAUGCUGUUUGUAGAUACUACAUGAAAAAGUGCUAACAUCAAAAUGGCUGAGCAGCAAGGGACUGUCAAGUCAUUGCUCAUUUUCUUGUGUGCUAUAUGUCUGUGGGAGAUGUGCGGUGAAGUUAGAGGAAGAGACUUGACAAAAUAACCCAUAGUCUAUUAAACCACGGUUUAUUUUCUGUCUCUCACUUCCUGUUAAGAGUAUGGAGGAGGGUCUGUUUAGACCACAGCUCUUUGCCUUUGCUCUCUGUGGGUGGUCUAUCCAUUUUUGGAUUCUCAAUGUCUUUCAAAUGCAAGUUGCAAUAUUAAAUUCAUCUAAAAAUG